GGAACACACACACUCACAUGUGACCUCACACACUUCGGCUCGCUUUAAAGAAUCUCCAGUUGUACAAUGUUCCUCUGUCAGCUGUUCACUGGUCCUGAAUGUUUGGUUUUAGCAUGAUUCACAUCUGUGCACAAGAAAGGGACAUGAAUCAACAGUCCUGGGCACUGAAUAUCAGUGACAGGCAGUUUAUGUAAACAAUCCAUGGCAUGGAAGGUGACCUGAAUGUCUAAAAUGAGUGGGUGCUAAAGUGAGACGCCGUUUGGACAUUGACAUUGUAGCUUUAACUGCCUGUUGAGGGUAGAUUGUUGUUCUUUGAGGUCAUGGGACUGUCAGAUGACACGGUGAUUGGCCGGGGCCUGAACAGCCCUGACCCACUGGUGCGUGAGGCCUAUAUGAUGGCCUACGACUAUAUCAACUAUGUGACGGCCAAACCAGGCAUCCCGUUAGGUCCUGCACCAUCCCCUGCGAGUGCUGCCCUGCGCUACGCGGGAGAUGAGCUGCUUGUUCGCUUCCCCAUCUUCUUUCGGCGCUGGCCACGGGUUUUCCAGGACGUGACAGAACAAACGGCCUGCCCGACCCUUGUUUCCAUCCUGGAUGAGCACUUUGCCCCUGCACGGCGUAGAGACCUCGCAUGGAGUGCUGUGCUGUCCGUGUUUGUUCUAGCUGGCCAACUUGCUCUUCACUGUCAAGAGAGGGGUAUGACAACUGCCCUGCCUCAGAUUCAGGAGUGCGUGGGCAGCUAUGUAGAGAGAGUCAUCUGCCCAGAGAUUAGGAAUAAAGGAGGAUGGUCGGGUUUCAUCAGUCGUUUUGGAGAGAAGCAGAAUCUUGAAGACCAGGUGAUGAAGGUGUGCUGCUGGUCUCUGCUGUUGCUGUCUGUUGGGAUCCUGAGCUACUUUGUAUGGGCAAGAAGGAAAAUUUAGACCACAGCGCCAUCUGCUGUGCCAAGGACACACUUUUGAAUGUCAGCUCUUCAGUGAUUGGUUGGGUUAAAAUAGUAAACAUAUUUAGGAUAAGUAGAUUGUUUUGAAAAUUGUAAACUGAACUUGUUAUACAAUGCCGAAAAAUUACAGACUAAAAUUUCAUUUUAAAUAAUGACUAUGUGUUUGUUGUUUUAACACUUCCCAUUUAGAACAGCUCUAGUUACACAAAGGCUGAUAUCCAGUUAUGAUUUAUAAUUUAUUUUCAAGUUACACGCAAAUGCUCAUAUUCAAAACCUUACAAAAGUGUCAAACGCGGGGACACUAAUAGCAUGUUUAGCAUUCUUAAACACUCUUAAGGCUCUCUUACUAAUUCUUACAAUUAUUUUUGAACAAAUAUAAUUGCAAUUAAUGUAUUUACCAAACUAGAAUUUUAAAAUGAGUUGACCCAGAUACUGACUGAAAAGCAGUCAAGCAGCCAGCAUUGUUGAGAAAUCCUUCAACCCUUUUGGAAAAUGUCUCAGGUUGACAUUUCAUGAAGUUGGCUGAGAUAAUUCUCAGUGUACUAUAUCCAUUAUAGGCAGAGUGGCUACUUUAAAAACAAUAAAAUGGUUUAAACAUCUUAGGGACUAAAUAAUCCCUCAUACCUGUUAAUUCAUAGUUUUAAUUUACCCACCCUCAAGCCAUCCCAUCUUCUGCAGAGCACAUACAUUUUUAGAAAAAUAUCUCAGCUCUGCUGAUCCUUACAAGACAAGUGAAUAGUGAUCAGACCUUUGUAGCUCCAAAAAUCACAUAAAGGAAACAUUAAUGUAAUCCAUAUGACUCCAGUGUUUAAAUCCAUAUCUUCAGAAGUGAUAUAAUAGGUGUGGGUUAGAAACUGAAACAAUAUUUGUCUUUUUUUUUUACACUCUAAAUAUCCACUUUAACUUUCAGAUGUGAAAGUGAAACUAAACAGGCACAUGUGACAAUCAGAUGUAAAAGUGGAGAUUGAGUUAAAAAAGAUCUUCAGUUUUGAUGUUUCUCACCCACACCUAUUAUACUGCUUAGGAAGAUAUGAAUUUAACCACUGGAGUCUUACGGAUUACUUCAAUGAUUCCUUUAUUUGAUUUUUAGAGCU